UGGCCGACCACGAGUCCUCACCUAUGUUCGAAAGAAGAAGGGCAUUCGGACCUCCCAGCUGCGCCCCUUCACAACUGACACCAAAGAGGCCUCGGAUCUCCUAUUCCUACAGAUUUUUUCCGCCCACAGGAAAGUCUGCUCUGAUAGUUAACAUCUAUAAUGCCCCAGCAGGCUCCAUCAGAGCAGGCGAAGUCGCGAAAGCUCUUACAACCCUGCCAGAGGCAUAUUUCCCUCAAGCAACGAUACUCGCAGGCGAUCUCAACCUACUACACAACAGAUGGCAGCCCUCGCUACAUCGCAGCCCCACACCUUCUGCAGAGCCGUUCAUUAACUGGCUGGACCUCCAGGGUCUAGUACUCAUCUCUGACAUAGACUGUCCCACACAUGAAAGGGGUAACGUGUUAGACCUCAGUUUCGCCUCAAGCCCUCUGGCACUCGCGGGAGCUAAAACUAGCAUAGCGAGCCACCUAGAUUCAACCUCAGAUCAUCAACCACUAAUCACCACUGUACCAUGGGAUCAGAGAUACAAGGAAACAGCUCAGAAACUGAGAUUUGACACGCUAGACCACACCUGCUUCCUCUCACUCCUCGCCUCUAAUCUU